AUGACAAUCGUGGACCCGGCAGCGCACAUCCUACGAGCUUUCCAGGCCGUCAAAGAUGUAAUACUUUUCGAGUAUUAUAACCCGAACAGUCCAUGGCGCAUCCGCAAACGAGCAGCUGGCUACGAAAAAGGCUGGCCUCGACCGAAAUUCAGCGAUACUGGCAUCGAUACAUUAGAUCCACCCAUUGUCAAGGCAAGAUGUGACAACGACUUGGAAGUAGUGGACGAGCUCGUCAAACGGAAAGAAGAGGACUGCGUCAGAGCACUGUUGCGUCUUGGAGCAGAUGUCAAUUUGGUCGAUUACAACGGAAUGACGGCUUUGCGAGGAGCAAAUGUGGACGCUGUUCAUAGCAUUGGACGACCCCCGAUUCAUCUAGCUGUCAUUGAUGGUAGUAUAGAUUCGAUCAAAGUGUUGGUUGAAGUAGAAGCUAAUUUAAGCUGCAUACAACCUACAACUGCUCAGAUGACGUCUCUUUCCUACGGUACUUUCGAUGACCUCCUCGGGAUGCCGACAAGAUUGUAUCACACCAAGGAUGGCGAACCUGUACUCGGUAUUGCUGUCCAAUACAACAGUCCAGAUGUUGUCAAUUACUUGUUGCAAAAUGGAUGUUCCUCCAAAGAUCGCAACAAUAAAGGCCUUACAGCUCUACACCACGUAGCUAUGACCUGCCCUAUACUUCCGCCACUUCCGCAAUCCACCUUGUCAAGUAUACGUGUCUGCCGCGAUGGCUGCCAGCACGUGGCAAUUGGACUCUUGUUGCUACGAAGUGACGCCGACAUUGAUGCAAAGGAUGAUUUUGGGAUUACUCCAUUACAGUGCGCAGUCUCCAGAAAAUGCCCACGUAUGAUUAAGAUGCUGUUGGAGCAGAAGUCAAAGAUUUACAAAGCAAAAACGAGAAGAUUCUCUCUAAGUCCUCAAUCUUUGGUUCUCUAA